AUGUCAAAUUCAUAAGGUGUGAGCUUAUUAGAAAAUUUAAGAAAAGUGAUCACAUUAGUUGAUCAAUUAAGAGAUAUUGGUUUAAAUGAUUAUAUCAAAUUACCAAGAAUUGUUGUUUUAGGUAUUCAAUCUGCAGGAAAGUCUUCUUUACUUGAGCAUAUAGUAGGAAUAGAUUUUUUACCAAGAGGAUCUGUAAUUCUUGUAAUAUAUGAAUAUAGGGUGUUGUGACAAGAAGACCAUUAGAAUUACGUUUAUCUAAUGCUCCAGCUAGUGUUUGUGCAACACCAACAGCAGAAUUUGUUGAAGAAAUAAAAGGAAAGAAAUUUACAAAUUUUGAAGAAGUUCGAUAAAAAAUAAAUGAAUUGACAGAUAAAGUAUGUGGAUAGGCUAAAAACAUUAUUGAUAAACCAAUAAUAUUAGCAGUCCAAGGACCUAAUUGUCCAGAUUUAACUUUAGUAGGUAUCGAAAAAUCUUAAAAUAAAAAAAUUUAGAUCUUCCUGGAAUAACACGUAUUCCAAUAGCUGGUUAGCCAUCUAACAUAGAAGAAAUAACAACAAAUAUGGCUAAAAGAUAUUGUGAAGAUAAAUCAGCAAUUAUAUUAUGUGUUGUUGCAGCAAAUGCUGAUAUGACUACAUCUGAUGCAUUAUUAUUAGCUAAAAAAUUAGAUCCAGAUGGUAAUAUAUUAUAUAUCUCUAUUAAAAGGUAUUCGAACUAUAGGAGUCUUAACUAAAAUUGAUAUUAUGGAUUAAGGAACUAAUGCAUUUAAAAUGCUUAAAGGAGAAGAAGUACCAUUAAAAUAUGGUUAUGUUGGAGUUAAACUUAGAUCUUAAUAAGAAAUUAAUGAUAAUAUUCCUAUUAUUUAAGCUGUUUUAAGAGAAAAAAACUUUUUUGCAAAUCAUCCUGUUUAUUCCACUAUUCCUGGUGAAAUAUUUGGAACCUAAGUUUUAACAAGAAAAUUAACAACAAUUCUUUAUAGAAGAAUUAGAAGUUUCUUACCAGAAUUAAUGAGAGAAAUUAAUAAUAGGGUUGGCAAAAUUUAAGUAAGAUUAGAUGUUUUAGGACCAGGAUUACCUGUUGAAGAUUCAGUAUUAUAAAUUCAUUUUUAUUUUAGGAUAAAAUGCAUUAUAUAUGGAAAUUAAUUCAUGAAUUCUCUGUUAGAUUUAGAAAUUCUAUUUCAGGUUCUUAUUAAAAGGUUAAAUCAACAAAAAAAAAUGAUUUUUUCUAAGUUCCUGCUGGAGCUAAGAUAAAAUUAUUAUUCUAGGAUUUAUAUGAGGAAUAUAAUGAUCUUGAUUACUAAGCUUUAAAGAAAUAUUCUGAAGAUGAUAUUAUAUAAGUGAUCUAAAAAUAUUCUGCAUUAACUAUUCCCGGAUUUCUUCCAGUUGAUGCCUUUUAUGCAUUAUUAAACCCAGAAUUAAAAAGAUUAUAAUAGCCUGCUUUUAAUAUUAUUGAUGAAGCUUAUUAAAUACUUGAAGAAUAUGCCAUAGCAAUCUUAGAUGAUUAAUUAUAAACGUAAGAUUUAUUUAUUAUUUAGAAUUCCAUCUGUUUUAAAAAUGUUGGAAGAAUAAGUACUUGAAAUUAUUUAAGAAUGUAAAACAAAUGCUUAAAAUUCUGUUUAAGAUAUUCUAGAUGCUGAAAUGAACUAUGUCUUUACUAAUGAUUUUAAUUAUUUAGCUGGAAAACAAUUUAUUAGAUUUGGUAAACCAGCUAAAGAAGCAUAACCUGUCAAAGGAUAACAUAUGGUUGCAGAAUUAAAAAAUAAAAUUGAACAUUAUUUUAAAUUAGUUGUUAGAUCAACUAGAGAUAAUAUUCCUAAAUUGGUUGGUUACUUUUUAGUAAAAGGAUGUUAGGUAAUAUAAUUUAUUUAUAAUUUCUAUUAGACUAAAAUGCUUAUGCAACUAUAAUAAAAUUUAAUGCAAAAUCAAUACUUGCUUUAAGCUAUUAGUGAAGAUUAAAAUAUCGUUGAAGAGAGGAAAAAAUUAAAUAAAGAAAUAGAGACUUUCAGAAAUGCUUAAAAAAUUAUUAAAAGAGACCCAGAGUAUUAUAAUACAAUAUAUUUAGUCUUUCCGAAUAUAUAUUAUCAGCUUAAGAAGAUUUAGCUGCUGAAUAAUAAUAAUCUUAAUAAGUCUAAUAAAUAAAACCUUAAUAAUAAUAAUAAUAAUAGUAAUAAUAAUAAAAAUAAUAAGAUACAAAAACUCAAGUAUAAAAACCAGAAAAUAAUAAAGCUCCUGUUACUUAAACUUCAAAUGAUUCUUCAAAAAAUUAAAUGACUGAUGCUCAAUUAUAAAAAUAAUAAUAAUAAUAAUAAUAAAACUAUUAACAGACUUAAUAAUCUUAACAAUCUUAAUAACCACUUUAAAAUUAAUAAGUAAAACAAUAAACAACUAUUUUUGGGAAUGCAUCAAAAAAUCCUUAACCAUAAACUGCAUAAUAAAAUACGAAUCCUUUAUAAGGUAAUAAAUCAUCUUCUUCUUCAACAUUAACAUAAUAAUAUAACUAAUAAGUUGAUAAAAAUGUCGCUGCAUUUUAUGAAGAUGAAAGAGUUAAAGAAUAAAUGAAAAAUGCUGGUGGAUAAGCAGCAAAAGCAACUGUUAAAAGUUAAAUUCCAGGUGCUCCAGAUUGGGCUUUAAAUGCUGCAGAAAAAGCAGGUUAAUAAGCAGCUACAAGUGAUGCCGCAAAAUAAGCAGCUAUAGUAUAUAAUUUAUUUAUUCUAGAAUGCAACUUCAUAAUAAUUAAAGGUAGAUGAUUAGCCACCCUAAACAAAUUAAUAAUAAUAAGCUCCGCCAAAAAAAGGAGGAUUAUUUGGAUUUAUUAAGUAAUCAUGAUAGGUGUAUUAACAAUUAUGUUAAAAUUCUAUUAAUAAAUAAUCAAC